GCAUCAAAUGAAGGAAUUGAGGUUGGGUAUCCAUACAUUCCAAGUCCAAGUUAUGGAGAAGCAGUUUAUUCCACGUUAUUGGUGAACCAUACAUUUGGCAAUUCAUGGAAUAGUCCUGCUUCGGCUUCUUUUGAGGUUCCUAAAGGUUUGAAAUUCAAUAAGGUUGUUUUGACCUUGAACACUUCGGUUGAUUACGUUCAAUAUGACAGAUUAGCACACAUAUUCAUUAAUGGAGCUGAAGUAUGGAGAACAUCCACAAUCGAACCAAGUGGUCGCUUGAGGUUUUCGACAUUCAAGAAAGAUAUUUCUCCAUAUGCACUGUUAUUUGAUGGAGACGUAAGUGUAUUAUUCUCAUUGUCAAAUAUUGUUACUGAUUCGUUAAAGGGGGAAUUCGAUACUCAAUUAUACGCUGAUUUUUACUAUUCUGAUAUUCCUGCUCUAACUGGAGAUGAAGAUUCUGGUGUUGAAGAUGUUUUAAACCUGGGAAUAUUGUCAACUAGUGAUACUCCUAGCAAGGUUAUACCGUUAGUUCCAAAAUCGUCAAGUAGAGCAAUUCCAGUUCUCAGUUUACCGGAUGAUACUUUUGAAAUAACAUUACCUAAAUUCCCAGUAAAUACUACAAGAUUAAGAUUAUCGAUAUUCGCUUCAGGUAAUGGAAAUGAAGAAUUUUGGUACACAAAUUUACUCGAUAAAUAUAAAGAUUUGUUUGGAGGCUCAUGGUUAACCCAUGGUCCAAUAAGGUUUAUCAAUGUAUACUUUAACGGACAAAAGAUAUUGAGUCAAACACCUCACCCCGUUAUUUUCACCGGUGGUAUCGCUCCUACUUUAUGGAAUCCAGUUUCUAAUAAUGCCUUUGAUUUAAAAAGUAACGAUUUAGAUAUUAGUGGGUUAUUGCCAUAUUUAUGGGAAUCAUCGAGUUCCAACAAUACACUUCAAAUAUCAAUAAGCAAUGGUAUCGAUGAAUUCAAUGGAGGUGAUUCAGGAAUCGGUAGUAAUUGGUAUACUAGUGCUAAUAUUUUAAGCUACGAGAAUCUGCAAGUUGAAAAAUCAACUGGAGAAAUAAUUCAUAUUGGACAGAGAGACAGAGGAAACUCCAUUGGUGUUAAUGUACCAUAUUCUGGAACAUAUCAACAAAUAGUGAAUGGGAUAUUGAGUGCUGAAUUGACUAGUCAAUUGAAUUUUAGUUUAAUUACCGGAGAAGAGUUAAAUACUUUAUUUUCAUAUCAUACUAAGGGAGAAGUAGCGAAUGUGCAAAAUUAUGCUUCUUCUGGUAGCAUACAAAAUAUUGUUCAUGUUGGACAUUCGGUGAAGUCUUUAUUGAUAACCAACGUUGAUAAUUUGGAUACUAUCUUAAAAUUCAAUGCUUCUUUAAGUUAUCCGUUAACUUUAGGAACUACAACAGUCGAAGAAUCAGAUCGUACUAUAUUAGAUGUUAAAAUUGUUAAUGUGAAAGAGGUUCAAGUUGAUGAAAAGGAUAUAAAAAUAUUUGAAGCGGCAGUGGGACAGAAUGGUAGUGCUCAUUUCAUCAUGACGAACUCCGGUAAUUCAGGAACUGGGAAAUUACAUGUUGAUUAUAGAUUAAAGUCUAUUCUUGGUGAUUUGAAUUAUAGAAGAAUUGCCGAUGGAGUCAAUUUACAAAUUGUCAGUGAUGUUGAACAAUAUGGACAAUUAGAA